AUGUUUUAGAUAGUAAAAAGAUUAGUUCCAUUUAACAUCACACUUAGAAGCAAAUUCCAACUUAAGCUACGCAAAGACCUUUUUAAUUCUUAUAAGGCUUAGUUUUGCUCAUCUUAGGAUAAAAACUUUUAAGAUUAAAAACAGACAUAAAAUAAUAGCGAGCAAUCUUCUGAGAAUAAAGAUGAAUCUAAUGUUUAUGAGUAGAAUAUUCAAUAAUUGAAAGAAAUUUCUAAAGAAAUAUUUACAAAAUUAGACAAAUAUAGCACAAAAAGAAAAUAUGAAAUAUUUUUAACUUAUUCUAAUUAUCGCUUGAUUGAUCACAACACUUACAACAUUAUUGAAAAAGAUUUCAUUAAAAAUUUAAAUGGAUUUACUUCUGAAUAAUUAAUAAAUAUUCUUGAAGGGUUAGUUAAGAUUUAAAUGGGCUCUCCCAAGCUUUAGAUGCUAAUGGAAUAAUAUUUCUUAAAGAAUAUUCACAAUUUGAAUAUUAAAGAAUGUGUCAAGUUAACUAAAGUUUUGCCUAAAGCAUUUACUUUCAGGGAAGAUGCCUCUCCUUCUACUAGCAAAAGACUGUCAGAAUCUCUUCAUCUGUACUUUAUGAACAAACUCAACGAUUUUGAUAAUCUCUAAAAAAUGUAAAUGAUUGUUGGUUUGCUCUAACUUUUGAAGUCUAACAGAAACAUUUACAUGGAAUCCCUUGAACUUGUUUUUGAAAGACUUUCUCAUAAAGUAAGCAAUUUUAAUAAAUAGGAAAUUGUUUUAUUCGGUCAUCUUUUCUUUUCUCAUUUUCUCAUACAAAGAGAAGCUUAGUUGUCUAAAAGAGAAAAGGCACUUGAUAGUGUAAAUUAGAUCAUGUAUGGAAGAAUCGAAUUAACUGAAAACUCUCUCAAUCAAACAUCUUCUCAAGUUUUAAACUAAUAAGAAAAUAACUAAAAAAUUAUAAAUUAACAAGACAGUGAGAAACCUUUAUUGCAAAAGUCAAAGCAACUAUUCGAUUAGCAAACUAAUUUUAGAACUAUCUUAAAAUCUUACAAUGCCUGUAUAUUGAAGAAUAUUGAUGAGUUCCAAGCAAAAGACUACUAAAAAAUCCUAGAAAUAUUUGAGCUGUAAGAAGUUUAAGUGGAUAAUUAAAUUAAGCAACAUUUUGAUCAAUUUGUGAAAUAAAACUACUUAGACUUUUCACCAAAAGAGCUUUAUUCUUUAUCUCCAUAUAUAGAUAUAAGGUUUAUUUAGCUCUAUUUAGAGCACUAUAAAUAAGAUCUAGAAUAUAUUGAUCUACUUAAUUUUUUCAAGAGUGUCAAAAUGCAAUCCUUACCAAGCUAUGAGUAGGCAUUGAGAGUAGUCGAUAGCAGAAUCUAUCAAAUUAAAGAUAAGUGGGAUUUAGAUGAAGUUGUUUACAUUUUAUGUGCCAGAGAAGAUUAGCAAAUAGCAUUUAAAAACUAAAAGCUAUUCUAAAAAGAAAGAGAGAUUUUCCUAAAGGAAAUGAUGAUAUGUAUCAACAAAGAAUUAAAAAUUCGUAAUAAAAAUCCAUUUAAAGUAUAUUAUACUAUCUGGAAACUUUUAUUUAGGUCAUAGCUUAAGCUAGAUUAAGUAUAUAUAUUAGAUUUACUCUAAAAUAUGAGAUAAAACAUAACUUUAUCAAGCUUUGAUUAAUUUAUGAGAACUGUAGAAAUACUUAAUCACGUAGCUACUGUAUAUCCAGAAUUUGAAGAACCUAUUAAGCAAACAAUAGCCAGUAUAGAAGAUAGAUAUACAAUUAAUGUGGAUGAAAACGAAACAAAAAAAAUAGAUGCAGAAAAUACUAAAAAAAUCGGAUAGUGA